UCCGAUCUCCGGGGAAGUCAGAGCAAAGCACUUUCCACGUGGUGAUGGGCUGGACCGCUGACUCCGAAGCGCCUCUUAGUGUGGCUGCCCUGCUUCUCCUCGUGUCUCCCUGGUUCUGCCCGGCGCGAGGCGACCCUCAUUCUCUUUCCUAUUAUUUCACCAUUGAUCCUCGGCCCAGAUAUGGUCAGCCAUGGUGUGAGGUUCAAGGAGAAGUUGAUCAAAAGGUCUUUCUCUCCUAUGACUGUGGUACAGCUAAGAUCAAGUACCUUAGUCCACUGGGAGAGGAAGUGAAAAAUAUGAGCACCUGGGAAACACAGACUGACACACUCAGAGACACUGGAGACCUGCUCAAGGAGCAAAUGCCUGACGUUACACUGGAGAAACACACAGACAAGGUGGGAUCAGGCCCUCUGACCCUGCAGGCCAGGAUGACAUGCUGGCGUGAAGACAAUGGACACACCAAUGCAUCCUGGGAGUUUGGCUUCAAUGGACAACUGUGCCUCCUCUUUGAUUCGGAGAAUGGACACUGGACAGUGGUUCAUCCUGGAGGGAGACAGAUGAGAGAGAACUGGGAGAACGACAGGGCUGUGACGGACUUCUUCAGGAUGGUCUCCAUGGGAGACUGUCGGGCCUGGCUUCAGGCUUUCUUGGUGCGCUGGGAGAAAAUGCUGAAGACCUCGGCAUCACUGACCACGGGAGCCUCUACAGUGCAGCCCACGGCCACGGACAGCAAUCACAUCACCUGGAUCACCACUGGGGUUCUCACCAGUUUUGUCAUAAUGGGCAUCAUAAUCGCCUGUAUCCAUUACAAGAAGAGGAGAUAGUGCUCCCAGAAAGCUGACAGGUGCUCUCUCUGCCUUUCUCCUGCUCUUCACUUCAGAUCCAGGAGAUCAGACCUCAGUGUUUUCCAGUUAAGAUGA